AGCUUUUUCGAACAUGUGGUCGGUGUGAGUGCGAGUGCGAGCUUCGCUUCCAUCAUGGCCCCUGGCUCGAGCUCGAUCCCAAAAGAGAAGAAGCAACGACGACGGCAGACAUCUUUGUUUCUACGCGGACCAGUUUCGCACCGAAAGUGAACGAUUUAUCGCCGUUUUACGCCAUCGCGAGUGUAUUUCGGGGUCGGAAAAUGCUCUGAAGAAGGAGUUUGUUGGUGGGAGAUACUUUUAAAGUGGAAUUUUGCCGUCGAAACGGGGAAAAAAGUGAAAUUUGGUUAGGUAUUGAAAAGGUCGAAAGUAGUUUGUGGGUGCUUUGAGUGCGGUGAAGAAGAAAAGGGAGGCAGUUGGUGUGAACAAUAAGUGCGAGCAGGACAGGAGUAUAGAAGACGGAAAAAUUUUCGCCACUAAGGCGAUCUGCGUUGCAGAAGCAGCUCGCAGAGUGUGAGUGAAAAAGAGCAAGAAAAAGGUGUAAAGACAAACAUCAACAAAAGCGAGAGUCGUCCUUCUGAACUGAGGAGUGUGAAAGAGAAUAAUCCAACAAAGGGAAGCGCACAAGAGGCGCAGCACAGCUGCCGUUUUGGACUUCGGACGAAGCUGGAAAACGGAGGCUGGAGCAAUGUCCUCCCAUCAGGAUAUUAUGUGCGAGGUGGAAAUAUCCGAUUCCAACAUUGUGGAAGUGGUGGACGAUGGUCACUUUGGAGCGGAAAUCGGCUACGAACAGUAUGAGGUUGGAGUUGGCGAUGACCAGUACGAAGAGGUGACCUGCGAAACGGAAGAUUCCCAAGGACUGAUGAUGCAUCAUAUGGAUGAUGAUGAGGAAAUUCUACACCAGGAAGCGGACAUUCAGGCCCAUGAGGAAGUUUUGGAUUCUUCCGGGGAUCCGAUGUGUGUAUAUGGGGAUAUCAAUUUGGAGAAUGAAAUUUACAUAGAAUCUACACCUGGUCCCAGUUCGAGGAAACGAAAAUCCGGCAUGAAGCAGCCACGUAUCGUAAAUCGUAUCCGGACAAACGACGUUCACAACCUGACCGCAGUCGAAACCAUGGAUGUCAAUCAAAAACCAAGGCGAUGGGAACAGAAACAAGUACAAAUCAAAACCAUGGAGGGGGAAUUUAGCGUAACGAUGUGGGCAUCCGGAACGGACGAUGAUGAUGGAUCGAAUCCGGAACCGGAUCCGGACUAUACGGAGUACAUGACCGGUAAAAAGAUUACCCAGGAUAUUCUCGGAAUUGACCUUUCGGAUCCAAAGCAGUUGGCCGAAUUCGCCCGGCCUUUCCACAAGACAAAGUUGAACAAGUUGGUCAAUGUGGCCACACCAAUGGGAGGAAUGUCAUCGAAAAUGUCGUCCACGUCCGGUGGGGAAUCGUCCGACCGGAAUAUCGCUUGUCCCCACAAAGGUUGCAACAAAAUGUUCCGAGACAAUUCGGCGAUGCGGAAGCACCUGCACACGCACGGUCCUCGGGUACACGUCUGCGCGGAAUGUGGAAAAUCGUUUGUAGAAAGUUCCAAAUUGAAAAGGCAUCAGUUGGUGCACACCGGCGAGAAACCAUUCCAGUGUACCUUCGAGGGUUGUGGCAAGCGAUUUUCGUUGGAUUUCAAUCUGAGAACGCACGUUAGGAUACACACCGGCGAUCGGCCGUACGUUUGUCCGUUCGACGGCUGCAACAAGAAGUUCGCUCAAUCCACCAAUCUCAAGUCUCACAUACUAACCCACGCCAAGGCCAAGCGGAAUAACAGUGGUGGAAGUGGCGGCGGCGGUGGUGGAGGAAGUCGGAACAUUAGCAACCCCAUGGCGUCCCAUCCGAUGGUUAGUGUCCCCUCGCAGUCGCUGGUCAAGAUGGAAACGGUGGAAAUCUACAACGAUCCGCAGUACAUCGUUUACACCGACUAGAAAGGUAGGAUCUAUGCAAAACAAAACAAGAGCGCCCGAUGGGAGGAAUUUUCGAGCAACACAUCUCAGGAGAGAGGAGCAGGAUGCCAGAAGAGGAAUGCGUGUAUGCGCGCGUGUUCAAUCAACCUUUUCCAAAUUUGUACAUUUUUUUAGAAUCCUCGUGCAUGAGGAUUCUCUCUAGUUUAUCACAUCAUUUCUUUUAGAGAUUCGAUAUUAGAAUUACCUACAAUCGGCAUGAAGCGGAAAAGUUUAUGAAGGAUUACAAAUCGUAAAA